AAAAAUAAAAUAUUAUGCUAUGCCAAAUAUAAUCAAUACAAUUGAUUACUAAAGUAUUUGUUUAAUUAAAAUAAUUAAAUUUAAAAUUAAAGGUGGAGAUUGAACAUUUGCAAGGUAGCCUGUCUCAUAAAUAUAAAUAUUUUAAAUUAUUAUUUUACAUGUAAAUAGAUAAUAUCAAAUUAAGUAACAUAUCUGUAAUCCUAAAAAUUAGGAUCGAAAGUUGUUUUUACAUCUAACGAAAACUUAAAAAAUCUCCCAUUAAUUUCCAGAGCAACACAAUUCAAACUCAGGUUACCAUAAUACCAACGAAAUCACCAACGAACACACAAUCAAGACCUAAACUACAAACUAAAAGCCUCGGAAACGCAACUAACACGCUAAACCAAACCUCAAUAUAAGAAAACAUCAUCGAUUUUAAAUCGAUCUACAAAGCGGACAAAAAUACAGUGUAUAUACAAGAAAGGACAAAAAAAUCGAACAAUCAAAUCAUCAAUCGACCAUGGAGCAAGUCAAGCAUCAAAGGAGAAAUGAGAACCUUCAUUUCCACCUGACAGAUCCACCGGAGAACACGUGAAAUGUAUCGAGUGAACCGAUGUGCCCAACGGUCAACAGAAGCAUAGAUAUAUCACAUAAUAAGAGCAACUCGCAACUGAAGUACUUAGGGUUCAUUAGGAUUCUGAUUGUUCACGCCGUCGGUUUGGUGUCGAAUCUCUACAAUGUCGUGAAGAUGUGUUGUUCGCUCAAAUCGACUAUCGACAUGGUCGAAAACGCCGUUACGGCGGUGGUGGGGCCCGUCUUCGAGAAAAUCAAAGACGGUCCCGGCGAUCUACUAGUUUUUUUCGAUAACAAGGUAGAUGCAGCAGCCCAAAAGCUCGACGAGCUCACACCGCCCGCCGUCAAGGCAAUUGCCGGGACGGCUACACAACUCGCCGGAAAAGCGUCCAAGGUCGCGCUAGACUUGGCCGGAGAAGCCAAGGCCGGCGGUCCUUUAGCUGCCAUAGCUCAAGCAGGUAAAAUAUCCAAGGACAUCGCCAUCGGGCAAUUGGCCGCAGUCGCGCACAAAGCCAAUCAGCAGCCGGCAUUGCAAGGGUUGGCCGAGAUGGCUAUUCCGGCCGCAGCAAAUUUGUCGAACAAGUACAAUAAUUUGGUUAAAGACAUGGCCGGAAAAGGGUUCCAAAUGUUCAAGUAUGUCCCGUUGGUGCCCGUCGAUGAAGUGGCCGAUGCUUACAAGCAAGUGGAAUCCGGCACCGGUGCCUCGCCGGAUAAUGGAUCCGGCAAUGCAUAGGUAGCCUUACCCGGUGGCCGCCGAUGUAUAUAUAUAUGUAUCUAUAUGGCGAUAGUUACUAUGCUGAAUUAACUUAGCACACUAGACAACAAAAAAAGGCACACACGACAACAAAUAGAAUAAGAUUUAUAGUAUUUUCUGUCAUCUAAGAAUAUGCUCAAACUUUUAGAUACGAAUUUCAAUGUAAGAGUGUAUUAUUUAUUACCAUUUACUUUUAUAAUAAAAAAGUAGAAAGAGUAUUAUUCCUACA